UUCUCAGGCGCCUUGUGUCUAAAGGGACUUUCUAUGGGACUCCAGGGGGCUCGGAGAGUCCUUGCAGCGAGCACGUCUGAGGAGCGGCCCCUCUAGAGCCCCCCGAUCAAAGCGCAGUCGCCCUGCCAUACUUCACUAAGACUGGGACAGAGACCAUUUGUCUUGCCCUUUGCUACAUCGGAACGCAACUCGCUUCCUUUCCGCUCCUCGUGCGCACUUGGCUUCUCCAGAGCCGCUCAGAAGCUUGCAAAAUGGUUGGAUUCAAGCCCGCCGAUGUCCCCCCGACAGCCAUGGUGAAGUUCCUAGGAGCUGGGAUGGCCGCAUGCAUAGCAGAUCUGAUCACCUUUCCCCUGGACACGGCGAAAGUCAGACUGCAGAUCCAAGGGGAGACCAGGUCGGCAGCUAACACAAACGCUGCUCAGUACAAAGGGGUCUUUGGCACCAUUGCCACCAUGGUGAAGACGGAAGGUCCCACGAGCCUGUACAAUGGCCUGGUGGCUGGGCUCCAGCGUCAGAUGAGCUUCGCGUCCGUCCGUAUCGGGCUGUACGACUCCGUGAAGCAAUUCUACACCAGGGGAUCAGAGCGUGCCAGCAUCAGUAGCCGACUCCUGGCUGGAUGUACCACAGGAGCGAUGGCUGUGGCCAUUGCCCAGCCAACAGACGUGGUGAAAGUGAGGUUCCAGGCCCAGGCCCAAGUGGAGGGUGGCAGGCGAUACCAAGGGACGCUGGAUGCCUAUAAGACCAUUGCCAAGGAGGAGGGACUCAAAGGGCUGUGGAAAGGAACAUCCCCCAACGUAGCCCGUAACGCGAUUGUGACUUGCACAGAAUUGGUGACUUAUGACCUGAUAAAGGACAUGCUGCUCAAACACAACCUCAUGACUGAUAACCUCCCAUGUCACUUCACCUCUGCUUUUGGGGCUGGCUUCUGCACCACGCUCAUUGCUUCCCCCGUCGAUGUAGUGAAGACCAGAUACAUGAACUCUGCCCCUGGUCACUAUGGAAGUGCCGUCAGCUGUGCUCUUACCAUGCUGAGGAAGGAGGGGCCCAUGGCUUUCUACAAGGGGUUCAUGCCCUCGUUCCUGCGGCUGGGAUCCUGGAACGUGGUGAUGUUUGUGACCUAUGAGCAGCUGAAACGUGCCAUGAUGGCUGCCCACAGUUCCUGGGAGGCCCCUUUCUGAGCCUGCCAUGGGUGCAGCUUACAGAUGUGGCAUGAGCCUGCGCUAGCACUGACUGUCCUGUCUGCUCUGAGAUUGGCUCCGGACACUUCCAAGCUGCCUUCAGUCACUAAUGUGUCAGCCUCUAGUCUCUGAUCCUCUUCUGGAACAAAGCUGGACCUGCAGGGAGGAGCCGUAGCUGUCGUCCCCUGGGAGUGGGAGCAGGAGCCUCUGCUCUAGUAGGGAAUGUGUUGACCCUUUAAAUUGGGCUUUGUUUUUUAAUGGCAAGUUUGCUUCUUCCAAAUUAGAAAGGCAAAUGUACAUCCCCCCCGCCCCCAGUGCCAAGAUCUGAUGGACCUAGGCUGAUGAGACCCUCUGAGCUGUAGUAAGAGACAGGAAUUGGAGUUAGCCACAUCCCAGAUGCUAAGCCCUGUAUGAGCAGUCUGGUAGCUGGCAGUAAAAUCCCUCCAUCAGGGAGUGAGAUCCUUCCCUGAUGGCAUGAUGGGAACCAACCUUCAACUGGAUCGUUCCAAGGGCUAAUCACAAGAGCCUACGUGUUCAGACUGGCGGGCCUGGCCUGAACAUUAGGCUGCCUUACUCUGUAUUUCAGAGACUUGACUUUUCCAGCUGCAGAGCUCUGAACUCCCCUCAGCUCAGCAGAAGGGGCAGAUUCUUGGUGCCUUUUUUUAACAACCAAGCCACUUAUUUACAUGCCUUAAUAUGGAUUAGGGGACCUGACUUCUAGGCACCCAACACUUUAAACGGCUGGCCUAGAGCUUUAUGUAGCAGCUGUUCCAAGGUCUAGUCAAGGAGUAAGGAUUCUAGUGCAGUGAUGCUGGAAGUUUGAGGAGGGUGGGUCAGGCAGAUUGAUGGGGAUUUUUUUUUAAAGUCCUAGUAACUUUAUUUUUUAAUUUUAAGUGGAAAGAAUGUUGUUGGCCCCCAAGGUUCCUGCUGUUAACACUGUUUUGAUGAAACAGCAGGUGUGUGGAGGAGCAACAAUGACCUUGUGGUAGGGGUGAGUUCAGGUCUUAAAAUAAAGCUGGAGUCAAACUCAUAGCCUG